AUGGCGGAUACCCUAAACAGCAUUAAAGAUCCUGGUUUUUUUUCUGGAUAACCGCUCAGUUUGAGACCAUAUCCAGGUUUUGGUGCAAAGAUUAAAGGAAAAGAGGCCAAGAAAUGGAAGGAAAGUGGUAUAAGCCCUACGAAAACUGAAUAACAUGAAGCUAUAGAACAAAUUAUUGCCAUGGAAGAGUCUGCCGAUGAGCACGACCUGGAAGACGGCAAAAAGAGGGACAAGAUGGAGGGAGACAGGGUGAAAGCAGAAGAAAUGCACAGAACUGCUAUGGACACAUUAGGGAAAACACAGAAGAGAAAGUCCAAGGAGGAGCAGAGCAAAGCGAAGAAAAGCAGAAGUGGUGGUGAAACGGUAG